AUGCAAAUGAGGUAUCACAUCUGCGCGCUGCCAUUGGUCCGAACUCGACUGCGCUUCAUAAAGACCCUUGAGCCGUUUUUUAUUGGAAUCAUCGGGCACUACGCGGAGCGGGUGGGCGCCGGCGCCCCGGUGUACCUGGCGGCCGUGCUGGAGUACCUGACGGCCGAGAUCCUGGAGCUGGCGGGCAACGCGGCCCGCGACAACAAGAAGACGCGCAUCAUCCCCCGCCACCUGCAGCUGGCCAUCCGCAACGACGAGGAGCUCAACAAGCUGCUGGGCAAGGUGACCAUCGCGCAGGGCGGGGUGCUGCCCAACAUCCAGGCCGUGCUGCUGCCCAAGAAGACCGACAGCCACAAGGCUAAAGCCACGUAA